AUAAAUAACAUUCGAACAUUGGAUGCGAUGUCAACAGCAAUCCCUAAUUUCAAGUUUUUUUGAUCGUUUUACAGACGCAGAAAAGUAUGCCCGUUAAAAUUGUGAGUGAAUACCAAUAGAAAAGGAAAUUACUCGUGAACCAAUAAAUAAUAAUAAACUGGGUCUAAAUCUGAAAUAAUAUGGCAACCAGUUUGUUGUGUAGGCGCGUGAUUAGGCCUAACUACAGAGGACUGAUUACCAGAGUCCAGGGCCUUUCCAGCCAUUGUCACGGACCUCCAGUCGACGGAGAUCCAUGUAAAGAGAAGAACAAAAAAUCACUUGUAAUCGGCAUCUACACCGACCCAGAUGUGAUCGACGAUUCUGGCAAAUUUACUCCAACCGCAGAACGUUACAAUAGAUUAGUUUGCAAUCGACUUAUAGAGUUGCUGAGGGUAUCUGGUCCUCCUCCGAAACUUGGAGAAGAAAGAAUCUUUUAUAACCUCGACCAGGAGUUUGCUUCGGUAUGCCUCGUCGGAUUAGGUAGGGAAUGUCAAGGAUAUGACGUUUUCGAACAGAUGGAUGAAGGUAAAGAAGCUAUUAGAAUUGCAGCGGCAGUUGGUAGCAGAAACAUACAAAAACUAAAAGCUGAAAAAUGCUACGUUGAAAGUUUCGGGCAUGCUGAAUCAGCGGCUGAAGGUGCAGCUUUGGGAGUUUGGCUAUAUCAAGAAAAGAAAGAUCGUAGACAUCAAAAACACAUUCCGCAACUAGAAUUAUACGACGAUUGCGAUUGGACCGGUUGGCAAAUUGGUUUGCAAAAAGCUGCCGCACAAAAUCUAUCGAGACAACUAAUGGAUACUUCUGCCAACUUAAUGACUCCGACAUCGUUUGCGCAAAACGCUGUUGAAGUGCUAUGUAAAUCGGGCGUUAACGUCGAGGUUAAAGUUAAAGGAUGGGCUGAAACCCAACGAAUGCACGCGUUUUUGGCGGCCGCGCAAGGAUCUUGCGAACCGCCGAUCUUUUUGGAAUUGAGUUAUUAUGGAGUAUCGCGUGAUGAACGUCCGGUUGUUUUAAUUGGGAAAGGUAUCACCUAUAACAGCGGCGGAUUAUGUUUUAAAAAAUGUUUUGAUCAAAAAAAGAUGAGAGGUGAUAUGUCUGGUGCAGCUUGUGUAGUUGCCGCGUGCAGAGCCGUUGCCGGUUUGCAACUACCAUUAAAUAUUCGAGGAUUAAUUCCACUUUGUGAAAACAUGCCGGGUUGCGCAGCCAUGAGAUGUGGUGAUAUAGUAAAAGCAAUGAACGGAAAAAGCAUUGAAAUCCAAACAACUGAUUGCGCUGGAAGGUUAGCUUUAGCUGAUGCUUUGGUUUACGCUCAAAACUUUUGGCCAAGAUUUAUUGUGGAUAUUGGUACGAUGACUUAUGAUAUGAGAACUGCGUUGGGUUGCGCUGCGAGUGGUGUCUAUAGUAAUUCAGAAGCUCUUUGGGAGUAUAUGUUAGCUGCAUCGAUGCAUACGGGUGAUAGAGUUUGGAGAUUUCCGUUAUGGGAACAUUUCACCAAGCUAAUAGUUGACCAUGAAAACUGUGACGUUCAAACAAUUGGGAGAGGUAAUUGCGAACGUUGCCAAGGCAGCUUAUCAUGCAAAGUGGCUGCGUUUUUGCACGAGUUUGUACCGUGCGGAGAUUGGCUUCACUUGGAUACGUUUGGUGUUAUGAAAGCUAACGGUUACGAUGAGCCGUAUUUGAGGAAAGGCAUGUCUGGAAGACCGACGAGAACCUUGGUCGAAUUUUUAUCGCAACUAGUUUGCCACAGGGAGUAAAGAAAUCAUUUUCUAAUAUGUUGAUCAAUUUCCUCUUCGAUUUCUCUCUUCUCUUUCUUGCCAAAAUGAAAUCUUUCGUUUUUUUUUUUGAUUGAAGUAAAGAAUUAUUUUUUUACAUUCUUUAAGAGGUUGUUACAUCUUACUCCACUAAUUUUAUAUACAAUGUUCUCUUUUUAAGUUAUACAAUUUUGUAUUUGUAUUUUUUUUAUCAGCUAUAAAUAUAUAUGUAUACUUUCAAUAAACAACCUUUUAUAUGUA